UCGUAGUAGUUGGUAACGCAUUCGUAGCCAUGAACAUCAAUUUUGUGGGAAAACGUAUUCUUGUAACAGGAGCUGGACGAGGUAUUGGUAAAGAUUUGGCUCUUCGUCUUUCCAAAUAUGAAGGUCAAGUAAUAGCGCUAUCCAAGGAAAAAAACAAUCUAGAUAAGUUAUGUACAGAAGAUCCUCGUAUUCAAUCUAUUUGCGUCGAUCUCAGCGAUUGGAACGCCACUAGAAAAGCUGUUGAAAGUGUAUUACCUAUAGAUCUCUUAGUAAAUAAUGCCGGUGUUGCAUAUCUUAAUUCUUUCUUCGAUGCUACACCAGAAGAUUUUGAUUUAACAUUUACAGUAAAUGUGAAAGCUAUACUGAAUGUUUCUCAGAUAGUCGCAAAAAAUAUGAUUCAAAGAAAAGUUGGUGGUAGUAUUGUUAAUAUUUCUUCGCAAGCUAGCCAAGCAGCUUUGAAGGAUCAUGUUGUCUAUUGCGCUUCGAAAGGAGCAGUAGAUAUGUUAUCUAAGACAAUGGCUCUUGAGCUUGGUCCCUAUAAUAUUCGAGUGAAUACCAUAAAUCCUACAGUGAUUUUGACGGAAAUGGGAAAAUUAGGUUGGAGUGAUCCGAAAAAAGCACGAACUAUGUUAGACAAAAUACCAUUAAGUCGAUUUGGUGAAGUGUUCGAGGUAGUAGAUGCAAUAGUAUAUUUAUUAAGCAAUCAUAGCUCAAUGAUUAACGGAAUUACAUUGCCAGUGGAUGGUGGAUUUUUAGCAACAUAAUUGUAUAAAUCAAUCUUCGAUAUCAUUUAUUUUUAUAUUAUUUUUAUAUUUAUAUCAUUUUUAUAUAAUAUAUAUUAUAUAUUUAUAUUAUUUAUAUAAAUUUUAAUUAUAUUU